AUGGAAUUGCAAAGGAAGGAAUAUCAUGGAAGGACUGAGUUUCUGAAGGAGAACAUUACCCAAGGCAUUGUUGUCUUGAGGCUCCAUGAGAUCCAUACAUCAGAUGAAGGCCAGUAUGUCUGUAUGUUUCAGACCUUCACGUUCUACAAUGAGGUACAUUUUCCAUUGCAGGUUACAGGCAUAAGCUCAACCCCUCAUAUUCAUCUUGAAGGAGGUGAGUCUCAUGGAAUCCAGCUGCUCUGCACAUCCUCAGGGUGGUAUCCAGAACCCAGUGUUGAGUGGACAGACUCCAGGGGUCAGGAUCUACUGCCCCUCUCUGUGACAGAGCAUCGGAUGGGCAAUGUUCUGUUCUAUGUGGAGACAACAGUCAUCCUGCUGACCCAGUCUCAGGGCAACAUGUCCUGCUUCAUUCACAACACUCUUCUUGACCUCAAGAAAGAAGCAAGGAUCUCUGUGGCAGGCUUGAAAAUUGCUCAAAGCUUUGCAGACUACUUUGAAGAAUUUCGUGAGAUUGUUGGGAUCUUCCUGGACUAUGAGGCUGGGCAGGUCUCCUUUUAUAAUGUCUCCAACCUGUCCCACAUCUACACCUACAGAAAGAGCUUCAGAGGGGCCCUGAGAUCAUUCUUCUACCCUGGACCCCCAUGGGGGACAAAACAGACAACCUCUGACCAUCCUGCUGUUAAGUCAGACAGUGCAAAACACAGGCAGAAGGUGCUCUGUGUGAUUAGGAAACUCCCGAUUUUGGAUCUGCUGACAUUUGGGAUUCAUGUAUAAUGAACUGAACAUGUUUUUAUUAGUGUGUUUAGAAUUCUGUAUUUGUUCCCUCAAAUAAAUUUAAAACAUCAUUUUGAAGCCAGAAAUUACACCUUUAUAACUUUUAAGUUCCCAAUAUGUACAUUUGUUAAUAGAUAAGACAUAAGCAUUUAUUUGAAAUAUAUGCUAUAGAUGUUUCUUGACGACAAUUCAAGGGCACAGAAAUUAAAGGCAAUAUUCAAAAUGCACAAGAGGAAGUAUCCACUUGUGCAAGAGGUGAAAUAACGUUGACUCUAGAUUUAUUUGCAUUAGAUAUGAUGUCCUCCCUUCAUGUGUUGAAAUGGAAGAGGUGAAGGGCAUCUCCAAUCCUCAGAACGCUGGCUGGGGCCCACAGCCUGUGGAUUUUCCCUCAAACCAUAGGAGCAUGUAUGUUCUAAACAGAGGGCCCUCAAAUCUAUCCUAUUCUCACCAAAGAAUA